GUUAGUAGCGAGUGACCCAUCACUCGAGUCACUUGUACUUAUGGUUGCCACGUUGCUAUUGUUCACGAAGUACGGUCAGCAUGUCAAAUCUUAAAAGCGAAAGGAAACGCAAAGUAAUUCAUGGCGAGGGACGUGCCAUUAUUGCCCGCGUGUACCACUUUCUUCGAGAAGAGUAUAAUUUUAUGAAAGCAAACAAUAUGGAUAAUUGUGAUUUGAGUCCUUUGGCUAAUAUACGGAAACGUACCGCUGAAGCUACAGGGAUCAGCGAACGAACUGUAACUGCAAUUUUAAAAGAAGAAAAAGAGCUGCCAUCUUCUUCUGCAAGUUUUACUUCACCUAUGAAAAAACGACGUAAGAGAAAUAAUAAAUUUGAUUUGGACAACAUGAAUCUUGAAGUCAUUCGUACUACUGUGCAAAAUUUCCAUAAUGUACAAAAUCAAAAACCAACAUUGGAUAAUUUGCGAUCAGUUUUGAAAGAAAAGAUUGGGUUUGAUGGAUGCUUAAACACAUUACGUUCGAUACUAAAUAAAUUAGGCUACAAAUGGAGAAAAAUUGGGAACGACAGAGAAGCAUUACAAGAGAGACAGUUUCAGUUUAUUAUAGAUGUCAGUGAAGAUGAUGACAGUGACAAUGACAGUAAAAGCGUAGAAAUGUUCGAUGAGGGUACUGUUAAAAAUUAACAUGAUUUAUUACUAUAAUAACUGAAGUAGCUUUUUAUUUGGUGUAGAGUUAAGGUAUUGUUUAGCAUUACAUUUCUUUUGUGUUCGUUUUAAUUUUCUACCUGUUAUUAAUUAUUAUUACAAAUGUAAAUUAGCAGUUACUUUAACGAUGUUGUUUAUUUUUUAUUUUGACCACUCCUCUAAUAAGUAAAUUAAGAAAUACUUAAAAUAUAAAAAUGAGUGAAAUCCAUAACUUGAG